CUACACCGCCCCAACCCGCUCGAGACCGUCGUUACACUUACACCCUGCAAUUUAUCGUCGCUCUCAGUAUCGAUCUUCUAUUUCUAUUUUUCAGAAAUCGAUCAAUUAAAUUAAGGAAUAUUAGUAGACGAUUGCAUCGUCAUCAACAUGAGGAAGCGAGAUUUAGCAAUCCUUAUGCUCGCCGCUUUCGCCAUUUUCUUUUCCCUUCAGCACGAAGGCGAUUUUUCGUUUAAGGAGGCGUGGUACCACCUAUCGGAUGAAUAUCCAAUUAAAUACGAGGGGGAACGGCUUCCGCCACCUAUUGUGUCCGAUCUUAAUGGCGAUGGAAAGAAAGAGGUUCUUGUGGCUACCCAUGACGCUAAAAUUCAGGUUUUAGAACCUCACUCUAGGCGUGUGGAUGAAGGAUUUAGUGAGGCUCGUGUUCUUGCAGAAGUAAACUUGUUACCUGACAAAAUCCGUGUUGCUUCGGGCAGACGGGCAGUAGCCAUGGCAACAGGGGUAGUUGACCGAACUUUCAAACGUGGUCAAGUGCAAAAACAAGUCUUGGUUGUUGUGACAUCAGGUUGGUCUAUAAUGUGCUUUGAUCAUAACCUUCAAAAGCUAUGGGAAACAAAUGUUCAGGAGGAUUUCCCACACAAUGCUCACCAUAGAGAGAUAUCAAUUUCUGUAAGUAAUUAUACGUUAAAACAUGGAGAUGCUGGGCUUGUGAUUGUUGGAGGAAGGAUGGAAAUGCAGCCACAUAUGCACCUUGAUCCUUUUGAAGAGAUUAAAAUGGCUGAGGAAAGUGCAGAUCAGCAUAGAAGAAGCGCAAGCGAAAAAAGAAAUGCAUCUGCAGCUGUUGAUUUACGCCAUUUUGCAUUUUAUGCUUUUGCUGGGCGAACUGGUUCACUUCGCUGGAGUAGAAAGAAUGAGAACGUGGAAGCUGCUCCAUCAGAUGAAUCUCCACUAAUUCCACAACAUAAUUAUAAACUCGAUGUUCAUGCUCUUAAUAGGCGUCAACCAGGAGAGUUUGAAUGCAGGGAGUUCAGGGAAUCAGUUCUAGGAACCAUGCCACAUCACUGGGAUAGGAGGGAGGAUACAAUGCUAAAGCUGGCCCACUUUAGGCGGCAUAAAAGAAAGUCGGUGAAAAAAACACCUGGAAAAUCUUCAACUUACCCAUUCAACAAACCAGAAGAAAACCAUCCUCCUGGGAAAGACUCUAGUAAAAAGAUUUCAAAUUUAAUUGGAAAAGCUGCAGAUUUUGCUAAUUCAGCAAAAACUAAAAAAGCAUCACCUUAUGUUCCCACUAUUACAAAUUACACACAGCUCUGGUGGGUCCCCAAUGUUUUGGUGGCCCACGAAAAGGAAGGAAUUGAAGUUCUACAUUUAGCAUCUGGUCGUACCUUAUGCAAGCUUCAUCUUCAUGAGGGUGGAUUGCAUGCCGAUGUUAACGGAGAUGGAGUUCUAGAUCAUGUCCAGGCUGUUGGGGGGAAUGGAGCUGAGCAAACGGUUGUUAGUGGGUCAAUGGAAGUUUUGAGACCUUGUUGGGCAGUUGCAACAUCGGGUGUACCAGUGAAAGAACAACUUUUCAAUGUUUCGAUUUGUCAUCAUUCUCCUUUUAAUUUGUUUCCUCAUGGGGAAUAUUCUAGAAGCUUUGGAAGGGGUCUUGAUGUAACUUCACUUGAGGUAGCAACACCUAUUCUCAUUCCUACAAAUGAUGGCCAUAAGCAUCGCAAGGGUAGCCAUGGAGACAUUGUAUUUCUAACAAAUCGCGGAGAGGUAACGGCUUACUCCCCGGGGUUGCAUGGGCAGGAAGCUGUGUGGCAAUGGCAGCUGUUGACUGGUGCGAUAUGGUCAAACCUUGGGUCGCCAGCUGGCAUGAUGGAUGCGGGUUAUGUGGUCCCGACUUUAAAAGCGUUUAACCUGCGGAUGAUGCAUGAUGAUAAUAAUAAUCAGCAGCAGCAUUUGAUAUUGGCAGCGGGUGAGCAGGAAGCGGUAGUGGUGUCGCCUAGAGGAAGUCUACUGGCGAGCAUUGAGCUUCCUGCACCGCCAAGUCAUGCGUUGGUGGAUGCAGAUUUUUCAAAUGAUGGGCUGACGGAUAUUAUUGUUGUGACUUCGAAUGGGGUUUAUGGGUUUGUUCAAACCAGGCAACCGGCAUUUGAAUUCCAUCAAGGGGAAACCUCGACUUCCACCUGGAGGACACAUUUAGAACCACAUACAGUCUACAGACAAAUGUCAGGUGUUUUUAUGUGAUAUUAUAGUAUUAAGAGGGUUUUUGUAUACCAACUCCUGGACUCCUGCUCAGUCUUGUCUCUAAAAUGCAUUUAGCCAUCAUGUAUUUUACUCGUGCACCAUAUACAAAAAU